UAAACUAUAUUUAAUACUCCUAAUUAGUAUCUAAACAUCCGAUGUGAUAAGUAAUAAAUUUAGGAGGGUGUAGCCAUACACCCCCUUAAUCAUAAAGCUCUCUCCGUUUGAAAAAAACAGCCUGAUUUUGCAUACAGAACCUCGUAAAUUGUCAAUGGAUCAUCAGACCUUGAGCGCUAGCAAAGGGAAUGCUGAAAUGCUUCUGGUUGUCGCUGUCGUGAGUCGCAGCGACUCGCGAGUCACAAGCGAACACGUCAGAAAGCCUCAUCUCGUGUGCCGUGUGCGUGGCUCCUCGCCCAGGCCGCGGCGCGCUCCGUUCUUCCGUUGCUUCAGCGUCACGCGGCCUGGCCGGCGCGGCGGUGAAGUCCCCCGUUCCCGAGUCCCGAGUCCCGACGCCCCUGCGGGUUCCCCUUCACGGCUCCGGCCGGUGCAUCUCGAUCGCGCGGCGAUGCAUUCGAACGCUCCAUCCCGCGCCCCCCGACGACUGACCAAGCCUGACUGAUUAAUGCUCAGCAUUAAUAACUCUUGACCUACGAUCCAAUGUGCAGUGCAGCUCUCGCGACGCUGACCGUGGCCAGCGAUCACUCCAAUGCCACGCCGACGCGCGGCGCGGAUCUCCGCGGUCAAUUCCCUUUCCCCCCUAGUUUUUGAUUCGGGAUCCGAUGAUUCGUGGCUCGUGCAGUCUUCUCCGCUUCCUCGCGCGCGAUUCCAUUUGAUUUGAUCCACGCAUCCGCUCUGCAACUCUGCACAUACAGACAGUCAUACACCGGCCAACUCCCGCGCACGCGUUGCCACUUCGUGCUCCGCCGCAUGCUUAAACUACACAGUAAUAAAGGUCUCUGCAGCCCGCCACGGCACGGCGUAGCAGUAGCAUGGAGCGGAUCGGCGCCCACGGCGGCAAGCGGCGGUGGCUGCCACGCCUCCUGUUGCUCGCCGCCCUCUCGUGGCUCCUGCUGGUCUACCUCCACGUCGCCGUGUUCCGCGCCCCGCCGGUAAUAAGCGCGCCGCCGCACACGUCCCUCGUCGCCGUCGCGUCGGACCGCGAGGACGGCCGGCGUUUCCUCCUCCGGCAAGAAGAGCAGCUCAAGAAGAUCGCGUCCUCCUCCGCCAGUGACAGCGCGCUCCCGGCGUCGUCGGCAGGGGAGGAGCGGCGCGGCAACCCCGACACCUGCCGGGGGCGGUACGUGUACAUCCACGACCUGCCGCCGCGCUUCAACGCCGACAUCAUCCGCAACUGCCGCAAGACCGAGGAUCACUGGGGGGACAUGUGCCGGUUCCUGAUGAACGCCGGCCUCGGCCGCCCGCUCGCCGACCGCGUCGACGGCGUCAUCAGGAGCGAGGCCGGGUGGUACGACACGCACCAGUUCGCGCUCGAUGCCAUCUUCCACAACCGGAUGAGGCAGUACGAGUGCCUGACCACCGACCCCGCCGCGGCGUCCGCCGUGUUCGUCCCGUUCUACGCCGGCUUCGACUUCGUCCGCUACCACUGGGGCUACGACAACGCCACCAGGGACGCCGCGUCGGUGGACCUGACGCAGUGGCUCAUGGCGCGGCCCGAGUGGCGGCGCAUGGGCGGCUGCGACCACUUCCUCGUCGCCGGCCGGACGGGGUGGGACUUCCGCCGGAGCAACAACGUCGACCCGGACUGGGGCAACGACCUCCUCGUCAUGCCCGCCGGCCGGAACAUGUCGGUGCUCGUUCUCGAGUCCGCGAUGCUCCACGGCAGCGACUACCCCGUGCCGUACCCGACCUACUUCCACCCCAGGUCGGACGCCGACGUGCUCCGGUGGCAGGACAGGGUGCGGAACCGGCGCCGGGAGUGGCUCAUGGCGUUCGUCGGCGCGCCGCGGCCCGACGUCCCGAUCAACAUCCGGGUCCGGGACCACGUCAUCGCGCAGUGCAAGGCGUCGAGCUCCUGCACCAUGCUCGGGUGCGCUCGCGCCACCGGGAGCACCCAGUGCCACACCCCCGGCAACAUCAUGCGCCUGUUCCAGAAGACCGUCUUCUGCCUGCAGCCGCCCGGCGACACCUGCACGCGGCGGUCGGCGUUCGACUCCAUGGUGGCCGGGUGCAUCCCGGUCUUCUUCCACCCGGGGUCGGCGUACAAGCAAUACCGGUGGCACCUCCCCGAGGAUCACCACAGGUACUCGGUGUAUAUCCCGGACGCCGACGUCCGGCAGCGCAACGUCAGCAUCGAGGCCGUUCUCCGGGCGAUCCCGCCGGCCACGGUGGAGCGGAUGCGGGAGGAGGUGAUCAGGCUCAUCCCGAGGGUUCUGUACGCCGACCCCAGGUCGAAGCUGGAGACGCUCAAGGACGCGGUGGACAUCGCCGUCGAGGGGAUCCUCGACACGGUGGCAAGGAUCAGGAAGGGUGAGUACGUCGACAGUGGCGGGCCGGUCACUGAGGACCCUCCGAACCUGUUCUCUUCGACGGAGUCGAGAUUCCGGCCGAAACAAUCGGCGCAGGACGAUGAUCACUAGCUCUGUCGGAGUGCCCAAAAACAGAAGUGCAGCAUAGUCGAUUCAUCAGUUGAUUACAAAAAUGUAGUGAUACUAGUUGCUAAAAUUAGCUCAUCUUUCGCCUGUAUUUCAAACCUGUGAUUCAUAUUCGUAUACAAAAGAUUAAUUGUCAUC